CCCACUGCACUUGCGCAUUUAUUCCCCGGCCCUGUUGGACUGUCUCCGUGGAACGUGGAGCGACUGUACAACUUUGUUUCCUUCUUGUGAAGGCGGAGUUUGAUCAAAGUUCUUUGAUCAGAAGCUCCUGAAUUAAGGCCUGACCAUGCCGGCUCCUGGUAAACUGAGAGACCUGAUACGAACAAUAAGGGCCGCAAGAACAGCUGCUGACGAAAGAGCAGUGAUAGCAAAGGAGUGCGCUUACAUCAGAGAUUCCUUCAGAGAGGAAGAUAAUGACUUUAGAUGCAGAAAUGUGGCCAAGCUUCUGUAUAUUCACAUGCUAGGAUAUCCUGCACAUUUUGGCCAGCUGGAAUGUUUAAAACUUAUUGCCUCACCCAAGUUUACAGACAAAAGGAUAGGAUAUCUGGGAGCCAUGUUGUUACUUGAUGAACGGCAAGAUGUCCACUUGCUGGUGACAAACUCUCUUAAAAAUGAUUUGAAUCAUCAGAACCAGUUUGUUGUUGGCCUGGCACUUUGUUCUUUAGGAAAUAUUUGUUCUCAAGAAAUGAGUCGAGAUCUAGCAGGUGAAGUGGAAAAGUUGCUCAAGUCAACAAACUCUUACCUGAGGAAAAAAGCAGCACUUUGUGCAGUAAGAAUAGUUCGAAAAGUUCCAGAACUCAUGGAAGUGUUUGUCCCCACAACAAGAUCUCUUUUGAAUGAAAGAAAUCAUGGAGUUGCAGUGUGUGGAAUUGCACUGGUUACUGAGAUGUGUCGGGUGAACCCUGAGACACUAUCUCACUUCCGAAGGCAUGUUCCAAUUUUAGUGAAGACACUAAAGAAUCUUGUAAUGUCAGGAUAUUCUCCUGAGCAUGAUGUUUCUGGAAUAAGCGAUCCAUUCAUGCAGGUAAAACUUCUGCGACUUUUGAGAAUGCUUGGUAAAGAUGAAGAGUCAGUCAGCGAACAGAUGAAUGAUGUGCUGGCUCAGGUUGCAACAAACACUGAAACCAGUAAAAAUGUUGGCAAUGCCAUCUUGUAUGAAACAGUUCUGACCAUAAUGGAUACAAAGUCAGAGAGUGGACUCAGGGUUUUAGCAAUCAAUAUUUUAGGACGCUUUCUUUUAAACAAUGACAAAAAUAUAAGAUAUGUUGCACUGAACACACUCUUAAAGACAGUAACUGCAGACUACAAUGCUGUCCAGAGACACCGGACCACAAUCCUAGACUGUUUGAAGGAUCCUGAUAUUUCCAUCAGAAGGCGAGCAAUGGAAUUGUCCUUUGCUCUUAUAAACUCAAGUAACAUUCGUGGCAUGGUGAAAGAACUCUUGACCUUCCUGGUCAAAGCUGAUGUGGAGUUUAAGUCUUAUGUCACCUCAAAUAUCUUCUUGGCAGCUGAAAAGCAUUCUCCAAAUAAAAGGUGGCAUAUUGACACAAUGAUGAAAGUUCUUACAACUGCUGGAAAUUAUGUACGUGAUGAUGCAGUUCCAAGCCUGAUUCACCUGGUGUCAACGUCCAGUGAACUUCAAGCUUAUGCCGUGCAACGACUUUUUAAAGCCAUGCAGAAUGACAUUAGCCAGCAACCGCUGGUCCAGGUUGGGUCUUGGUGCUGUGGGGAAUACGGAGAUCUGUUGUUUGUAGACAGUGAAGAAGAUGAAGCUCCCGUUAUUACAGAGAAUGAUGUUCUUGAUGUAUUGGAAAGUGUUCUGUACAGCUCCCACUCAACUUCGAUCACCAGAGAUUAUGCAUUAACUGCCGUCAUGAAACUCAGCACACGUUUCACCGCGACAAUGGAGCGGAUUAAGAAUGUAAUAAACCAAUUCGAAGUGAACAUGGAUGUUGAGCUGCAGCAGAGGGGCGUAGAGUUUGGUUCGCUCUUCAAAAAUCAUGACAGUAUGAGACCGGCUCUUUUGGAAAAGAUGCCCGUCAUGGAAUCUAAGCCUGUAUCCUCUGAGCCAGUAACAAAUGGAGAAGUCACAACACAACCAGAAGAACCACAAACGACUCAAGAAGCUGUUACAGAAGAGAAACCUCCUAAGCAAGCGUCGGAGACUUUGUUGGAUUUACUUGGUGGUGGCCCCACCCAGCCUGAACCUACUCCCGCUCCAGUCCAACCUCCAGCUCCUGCGUCUUCAUCCGGUGGUGACCUCUUAGAUUUGCUAGGAGGUCUGGACCUAGGCUCAACGAAUGCAGGUCCCCCUCCGAUGAACAUAAUGGCUCCUUCAUCAGCUGUUCCUAACCUGUUGGAUGGCGGUGGACUGCUGAAUCCAGCACCAUUAGGAGUACAGGCUCCAGUGCAGAUGAACCAUCAACCUGUCGCUUCACUGACUCCAAAUUCUUCUUCAGGUUUCCCGCCCAUAACAGCCUUCGAGAAAAAUGGUUUAAAGAUAAUUUUUGCGUUCGAGAAGGUUCCUGGUAACCCGUCUAAUGUGGUGUCCAUCAUGGUAACGGCCACGAACUCGCUCGCUUUCCCCAUGACUGAUUUUGUUUUCCAGGCAGCAGUACCUAAGACUUUCCAGUUACAACUCCUAAGCCCGUCUGGUAAUGUGAUGCCACCCAACAACUCAGGAACCAUUACCCAAGAAGUGAAGGUGGCCAAUCCACAACAGCAACCGUUGCGCAUGAGGCUAAAACUGUCGUACAAGGUGAAUGGGGCCCCAGUCAACGAACAAGGGGAGGUGAACAGCUUUCCUCCGGGACUCUGACCUCCACGACAUUGGGUCAUUAUAUGUAGAAAUUAUAUUUUGUAUUGUAAAAUGCUUAUCGAUGUGUAUUCAGUAAUCAGAGGCUUGGAUGCUGUCUGUAGACUUGGGUUGCAUACCGUUUAGAACAUGGAAUUGAAACUGCAGUGGUACAGAAGACUUACGUGGUCAUAAUUGAAGAUUAUUAAGGGGAAUUUUUAUAUUGACACCAGAAUGACUAUUCUUUUUGUCUCCUCAAGUGUAGUGAGUCGAUGGUAAUCUCUAGCAUUAUGCGAGACAUGUUUAAAAUCAUUUAUCGUACUUCCAUAUUCUGUACUUCUGUAGUUCCAGGGUCCAGCCCAACCACACUAUUUCAGAGCAUUCACAGCUAGGUUGUGAGUUUUUGUGGUGCCUUCACUCAGGAUUUCCCUUCCCCUGUAGACAAAGAUGGCUACGAGAGAUUUCAGAACGGGGAUUGGUUGAGGCAGGAGAGGGGGGAAGGGGUCAAAAAUCAAACGGUUGCACAGCCCACACUGAAAAUGGUUACUCUUCAUUCUGGCCGUUACGGUUGUUUCCUCCAGUUAGCUGAAAAGUAGAGAGAAAGAAAAAAUUAAUAAAUGAGACAAUUAUGAGGCAAACGAGAAAGAUUGCUCCUCAAACACAUGCUUGAAAAAAAAAAAAAAAAAACUUCUACAUGUAGAUGGCUCUGAAAUUGCGCAGUUACGUAAUUUGUCAUGUGGUUACGUUUUUGGCACUCAUCAUAUAUUUAGUUCUACUCACCAGCACCCUCGACUGCUAGUAGCUUCACCAUUCUGUUUUCUCUGUUUGUUGGUGACGUUACCUUACGAUUUCCUUAUAAUAGGGUAACUAAAAGAACAUAAAUUGAGUUUUAAAGAUACACAGCAGACUAAGAAAGUGUCCAGAUUUGUCUUUUUGUUCUUUUUUUUUUUUUGGUUUGUUUUUGUCUUUUUUUUGUUUUUUGUUUUUCACUCUGAUCUUAUGCGAGUCAAGUUAGGCGAUCGAGAGCGUUUUUGCUGUCGAAGUUAUUCGAAAUUUGACAAAAAAACUUAUUUUCUGUUGAAUUAAUUGUCAAAAUAUUUAAAGUUUGCUGGAAACUGAACACUUGUGUACUUUUUACAGAAUGGUCUGUUGUUGAUCUGAAAGUAGAGGAGGAUUUUUCUCGAAGUGGUCUUGCCAGGCAAGAUCUAACCAUGUUGAGAUGGAGCAGUGUUCAAAGACUGUUUUAGUGUAGACAUGAUGAAAUGUAGCCUUUUUAAAAAAUGAUGUUAUAUGUGUAACAUCUGAUGUGACAAUAAAGCUCAGAGUUAACAAAA